AUGAGGGGCACAACUAUGGCGACAGAAGUUGGUGGUGCAUUUGUAGGAGUGGGGGAACCAACGGCCCAAGGAUCGGACGAAAUUGAUUACGGGCUGGUUGCGAAAUGCUUGGUGCCCAUCCUGCAAGUGAAAACGGAUUGGAUGAAGAAGGCGGGAGCAUUGGUGACGGAGACUGUGGAAGACGAACCAGGCAGACAUCAUGGCGAUGCGCAUCCGGUGGCGCGUCUGGUCCAACGCAGACUCGGCGAGUAUUGCGAGGGUGAUGCGCAGAACCAGGAGGAUAUGCUCGUGAAUAUCCUGGGCCGGGGUACGGACGCUAGACUUGUUCUGAAGCGCAUCGACGAACAGCAAUGCUACGCGAGAAAGGCGGAUAUGGAAGAGACAGCCCACCAGCACAAGCAAUGGCUCAGCAAGGCCAUGGAAAAGGGCAUGCGACCAUUAUGCAAUGCCUUGCGAAAAGAAGAACAAGUGGUACAAAGACCCUACAUGGAAUAUGACAUGCUGGAACGGCCACAUAUUCGCCGAGACCACUGGGCGGCAGUGUGGACGACGGGCCAGCCGUUGGCAAAAUCGGCCUCGCUCAUGACGGAGCUUGAGGCCAUGGACGACAAAGCAGUUGAAGCAGGCCAAGGCAGCUGGCCGCAGCAAAUGACAGUCUCCCUUUUUGCAAUGCUGCCGAAGAAUCUGACCCGGGAAAGACCAAUCGCCUUGCUACACAUCCUGUACAGGCAGUUGCUGCUUGGACGUGGCCUACUGCGAAAUGAGGUGGCGAAGACAAAUGGUGUGCAUGUGGUGUCACUCUUUGUGGACCUCGAGUCCUUUUUCGAUACCAUCCAAUUUCAGCAAUUGAUCACGGCAGCAACGGCCCUGCAAUAUCCACCGCUAAUCCUGAAGAUGGCACUGGAAGUGUACAUGGGUGCCAGAUAUUUGGUGGCGGAUGGGGUGCUGUCGGCAGGCAUCAGAGCUACGAAUGGCGUGCAAGCAGGGUGUCCAGCUGCGCCAUCGUUGGCAAAGGUGGCAUUGCACCCGGUGAUAGAUAAGAUCCAAAGGCGACGAGAUGUGGCAAACGUGGAUUGUUGGUUGGAUGAUGUCUCAAUUGACAUCCAGCAUAAGUCCUUUAAACAAGUGGCGGAUAGUGCGAUACGAGUCUACCGCAGCUUAAAGGACGGGAUGGACGCUAAUGGUUUCACGAUUUCAUCCAAGAAGACAGGGUUUGUGGCCAGCAGUACCCAGGCGAGCAAGCACCUGCGAGAACUCCUGUUGCCUCAUGAGCCACAGGUGUACGACGUGAUGCGUGACUUGGGCGUCGACAGUACAGGGGGGCGAAAGCGUCGCUUGGUGACGUCGGCAACGCGGGCCAAGAAAGCUGGGGCCGCCGCCCAGCACUAA